GAUUGUCCACUAGCCUGGGUAAACACCAUGGUGUUUGACUACAAGGAUCAGCUGAAGACUGGGGAGUUCCUUCUCUCCACCUGGCCUUCAGUCCCUGGUACAGUAGAACUACACACACACACACUGGAACCACUGCACGUCUUCAAAAGGAUUGAAGUAUACCACCCAGAGUAACACACACUGCUACAUAGUAUCGCAAAUUGCUAUUGUACUAAGUAGUUGCUUCACAAGCUAGUUGUUUUCUGAACUACAAAAUGUACACCAUUGUUCCGAUACAAUUUUAAUCAUUGUACUAUUUACCUAUAGUUGUUUGUCAUUAAAUUGCUGCAAAUUACUGGGUAAUAGGUAGUAAUAAUACAUUUAAAAAUGAAUUAAAUAUAGCUGCAAGCAGCAACAAAGGCUCCUAGCCACAAAUUUUUUGAAUUUGAAUUACAACACAUUUGCAACUUGUUUUUUAUAUAUCUGGGAUAAGGAAUGACAUUUAAAUGCUACAAAAAUAAAGGCUUUUCCUUGUUUUAAAAAAUGUUGUUACUGAUAUACUAAAAAAAGGAGUGAGGCUGGUCAAAAUCUGUUUCACUUUUGUUCAAAUUACACAAUUUAGACAACCUACAAUAAUAAUACUAGAUACGAUACCUCUGUAGUGCACGCAUACCAAUUCAAAACACUUUACCACUACAUUUACUGAAAAGAUGCACGUAAAGGUUUUAUAGUGCCAUCGACUGGUUUGGAGUGGCUAUGUUUGAUGUAGUCAUUAUUCCUUUGCAAAAGUGGUCGUGAUGAUUUUGGAAAUAUCAAUACGUGCUUCAGAGUGGACCUUUCUUGUAGUGUCCUUAAGCCGCUCAAUCAGUAUCAUGUUGAUAAAUCAAAGAACAGUUGAAUAGUUUUGAGUUUCGUUGGGUUUGCGGUGGGGACAAAUUUGACAUUUUCUUGGUCAUCUGUUGAUUACAUUUCUUGCUUUUUGCAAACUCAGUAGAGACAGGGAUUGUUACCAUAUUUUCAUAGUUUUGAGUGAAUCAGAUUUUUGGUUCAUGAAAUGUUUCAAUGUUUGUUCAAACAUCCAAGAUGGAAUAAAAUCAGAUAUGGUGGAGGUCAUAGGUCCUUGAGGCAAAACAUUUUCCUUAUGCUGAGAAACACUUUUGUACAGACUUUCGAAGCUCUACGUCAAACGAAAUUGCGGGGCUGCACUUUGGACUUUUAAUCAUCAUCAUAUCAUCACCUAUGGGCCAUUCAGUUCGGGAUUUGGCCCCAUAAUAACUCCCUCUGUGUUCUAUUUUUAUUCCCUUUUUUUUUUUUUUUUUAUCUGGCCUUUAGACAUUGGCCCCAUGCAAGGAGAAUCACACAAAAAGAAUAAGGCUUCCAGCCGCUAAGUGGCUUGGAGCCUUAAAAGGGCAAUCAACAGUUGCUAUAUCCAUUUAGCAGUUUUUACAUCCAAAUUAUUGAUAUGUUCCUAUUGAUUCUUGAAGAAUUUGAGCUUAGUUCAACUGUGGUACCCCUACAGAACCCCCAAAAUGUUUGUAAACAAAGUAUAUGUAAACAAACACUAUAUAGCCUCAAAACAUGGUUAAAACUAUAAUGUUAAUAUCAUGGAUGGUCAGUCCUUGCGUUCAUAGCUCUGUCUAUGAAUUUGAGAAUGGUUACAUUUCUCCAGCCCCAUCCCACAGUGGCGGGGAGAAAGCUUUAUUGUUUCUCCUGCUGAUUGCAGCUUUUACACAUUGAUUUUUCUCUAAUAGCUGAAUAUGUUUAUUUGGGUUAAAUGUGGCAUCCCAGAUGAUAAAGGCGACCUCUUGAAUCCAAUGGGCACAGUGGAGAAAAACCCCAACAUUGAUAGUGCAGCAGGACUCCUCAUUCGCUUCCCCAAUAUCCGACCUCACCCUCUCUACUACCCCCAUUUCGACAAGGUACACCUUUUACUGCACACAUGUUUCAAUAGUUGACAUUGUACAUUUGUAACCAAUCUCGUAUAUUUGUAACCAUUACACUUGUAACCAUCUUGUACUGUACGUGUAAAAAAAUAUAUAUAUUAGAUCUUACUAUAGAUUUUAUGAAAUUAGACAUUGGAAUUAUAUUUUUAGUGCUAUAUUAAGAUAUCUACACAUUUGUAUGCACCUCCUAUUUUCAGUUGAGGGACCUAGAAAAAAAUGGAGGGAAGGUUAUAGCCACUAAGGUGGAGGUAAGGGACUCUCUAUUGUUUGUUUGAAAUGUAUAAGAUUACAUUAAAGUAAUCCUUUGAAAACCACAUUCAACUUUUUAAAACGCAUAAACCAUUUAUUAUUAUUUGUAUUAUAUCUUAUUGUAUGUUUGAACUUUGAAUUCAUUAUCGAUACCAUUACUUAUCAAUUAUGUUCCUCAAAAUUACCAGUGUUUUUUAAAACUACUUUUACAUCAAAGUAUACAUUAAUUGCUAAGAAAUUACCAUGCUAGUACCUACAGAUCUACAGUAGGUUCACUCAACCCCUUCCCUGUUAUCUUUGUAUUGUGCUGCCCAGCAUAUGAAGCUAAAGGAAAUAGUAGACAAUAAGAACUACACAGAGUUCUUUGAGGACGAGAAAGAGCUUCUGUGGAAGCUACGCGGUGUGGUGCGGGAGCGCUACCCAGAGAGUCUGUCCAAACUUCUCCUCAUCACAAAAUGGAAUAAGCACGAGGAUGUAGCACAGGUAGGACACUAUGGGCAACAUUUUCCUCUCGCAAAGACAACUGAGCUGUGAGUUAAGGCACUGCAAGGGAAAUUAUCAUCUGCAUCUUUGACUUAAAGGUAACUGCCAAAAUAAAGGACACACCAACAUAAAGCGUCUUAAUAGGGCGUUAGGCCACCACAAACCAGAACAGCUUCACCUUGGCAUAAAUUCUACAAGAGACGGUCAUGGCAUAUGGUUUACAUCGUUUUCAUGCUCAUCAAACCAUUCAGUGACCACUCGUGCCCUGUGGAUGGGGGCAUUGUCAUCCUAUUGGGGUAUAGCCAUGGUAACCAAAAUAACGGCCAAAAUAAUGACCUGCCCAGCAUUUUUUUACAUGACCCUAAGCAUGAAGGGAUGUUAAUUGCUUCAUUAACUCAGGAACCACACCUGUGUGGAAGAACCUGCUUUCAAUAUACUUUGUAUCCCUCAUCUACGAAAGUGUUUCCAUUAUUUUGGCAGUUACCUGUAUGUUGUAACUUUUCUUAAAACAUUUCAGUGAGGAGGAACUUUGUUUGAACCAGAGAUUUAGUUACGAUGUGAUAGACAUGCAGUGCAUUAGUUCAUAGUGCAGCUGUUUUUGCGAUUAUUAAAUAAGUAAUUAUUUUCCAUUAUCAUGUUAAAAUUGAUUCCUGCUUUCAGUAUGCAUUAGCAAUGCGCAGUAGGUUCAAUGUCAAAAGACAAGGUCUGACCUGUGCCAUUGUGUCCAGAUGGUGGGUUUUCUGCAGAAAUGGCCGGAUCUCCCUGCUCUCCAUGCCCUGGAGCUGCUGGACUACAGUUUCCCUGACCCAAUGGUCCGCUCCUUCACCAUCAGAUGCCUAAGGAAGCUGAGGUACUGUAACCUUAGGGGUAGUUUCCCGGACACAGAUUAAAGAUGCACUAUGCAGAAAUCGCUCCGCCAUUUCCUGGUUGCUAAAAUUCUAAUAGUUUGCCUAAUUUCAGUUUUUGUGACAAAACAAGCAUAGUGUAGAGAAUCAUUGUACCAUCUAAACCGCUGUGAAAUAUAUUUUACAUAACCAAAACUAUUGUAUUUUCAUCUGUUUGAAGCUGUUGUACAAAACCGAAAGUAAAAGACGCAAAAACUAAACUUAAGCACGAGAAGUAUAGAAAUAGCACACAUAGAACAGAUCUACCGCUUCUUACACUUGCUUUCAAUGAGAAUGAUAAAAAUAUAAAACACAUUUCUAUGUGAAUUUCGUCAGGUCCCCCAAAAAGUUUUAUAUUGCAGCUUUAAGCCUUGACUAAAAAUUAUGUUAAAUGGAGAAUUCUCAUUGAAAGUGCUUUUUAGUUCAGGACUAGGCUCAAUCCAUGUCUGGGAAACAUUUGGCUCUUGCCAUUACCUCUUUUAUGCUUUUCGUUUUUGAUAGGUUCUCAACAAAAAAAUAUCUCCUGAAAUAGAAACAAGUGGUACAAAUAACAAAUAAAAACAAGUGGUACCACUUUAACAAUGGUGUGAAAUUAAUGUUAAGAAUUUGAAACAAGUGGAAAAUUGGUUUUUAGAAGUGUCAACAAGUUCCAACCAUACUGGAUGCCCGUCAAUAACUUGGUUGCUCAAAGACUAUAUACAGCUGGCAAAAAAUUAUCGUUUUUACAAUGUUGUGAAAAUGUUGCUGUAAAUGACCCCAUUUAAUCUCCCUCCCAGCAGAGAUGAGGAGCUGCUCCAGUACUUGCUGCAGUUGGUUCAGGUUCUGAAGUAUGAGUCUUACCUGGACUGUGACCUGGCUACUUUCCUGCUAGAGAGAGCCCUCUCCAACAAGAGGAUAGGCCACUUCCUCUUCUGGCAUCUCAGGUAAGGCUGUGUGCAUGUGCGCAUGCGUGUGCGAACAAACAACAUAUCCUAAAAACAGGACAGAUCAAAGUAAAAUGGACAAUAUGGAAUGGACAAUCAGGCUACUCACAACUGCUGUCCAUGAGUUUAAUCCAGUGGUCAUGAUCAGUGGUUUCAAGUUUGUAUCCAUUAAUUUUUGACGAGCUGAUCAUAGCGAAAAAGAAAAUACUUCUGCAUUUCCCGCUCUGUAAACACCUUGCAAAUAGGCUCAGGAUAACUCCUCCUGAUAAAGUUGGGUAUGUGGUAUUCAGAGCUUAAAUAGCCUAAUUGAUUAGUCACAGGAAGUGUCGACCCACUGUUCACCGUCUUGGAAUACCUGAUGGUCAAAUGCCAACCAUUCAACCUCCCGAGGGAGUUUUCAGCUGUUAUCGUGACAAGAAAAAUAGCAAGCUGGCAAUUAACUAACUAUACAAAGCUAUAAACAAGCAAGAAAACCUACAUCCAGAGGCUGCUUUUCUGGUUUUAAUUUCGCGUCACUAAGACACGUGAUACCCAACUUCCAUCAACACGUCUCCAACUCCACUAGGGGCGAUAAAGUCAUAGACCACUGUUAUUCUACCCACAAGCAAGCAUACAAGGCCCUCCCUCGUCCGCCAUUCGGCAAAUCAGAUCAUGACUCCGUAGUCCUGCUCCUGUUUACAAGCAGAAACUCAAACAGGAAGUACCCGUGACUCGCUCUGUUGAGAAAUGGUCACCAGAAUCAUAGAUUAUGCUACAGGACUGCUUUGCCUAGCGCUGAUUGGAAUAUGUUUAGAUACUCCUCCGAUAACAUUGACGAGCUAACUACCUCCGUCACUGGCUUCAUUAGAAAAUGCAUCGGCGACGUUGUCCCCACGGUGAGGGUUCACUGCUUCCCCAAUCAAAAGCCCUGGAUUAACACCAAGGUUGGCUCUAAACUAAAGGACAGAGAUACCGCACACAGAGCCUUCACAGACAACCCUGAUGCUACGGCCGAAGACAGGAAUAAGUACAAGAAGUCCCGCUAUGACCUCUGCAGAGUCAUCAAAUGAGCAAAAGGACAAUAUAGGAAUAAGGUGGAAUCAUAUUACACAGUCUGUAAUCCCCACAUGGUUUAAGAUGACCACCUUCAUUCCUGUCCCCAAGAACAUGCCACAAUGACUACCGCCCUGUAGCACUCACUUCAGUAAUCAUGAAGUGCUUUGAAAGGCUGGUUAUGGCACACAUUAACUUCACCAUCCCAGACACCCUUGACCCACUCCAAUUUGCAUACCGCCCCAACCGAUCCAUAGAAGAUGCAAUCUCAAUUGCUCUCCACACUGCCCUCACCCACCUAGAUAAUAAUACCUAUGUGAGAAUGCUGUUCAUUUACUACAGCUCAGCGUUCAAAACCAUUGUCCCCUCCAAGCUCGUCACCAAGCUUAGGGCUCUGGGUCUGAACACCUCCCUCUGCAGCUAGAUACUGGACUUACUGACGGGCCGACCCCAGGUGGUGAGGGUAGCCAACAUCACCUCCGCCACGCUGACCCUCAACACGGGGCCCCACAGGGGUGUGUGCUUAGUGCCCUCCUGUACUCCCUGUUGACCCACGAUGGCGUGGCCACGCACGACUCCAACACCAUCAUCAAGUUUGCUGACGGCACGACGGUGGUAGGCCUGAUCACCGGCGACGUUGAGUCAGCCUACAGGGAGGAGGUCAGUGAUUUGGCAGUGUGGUGCCAGAGCAACAACCUCUCCCUCAACGUCAGUAAGACCAAGGAGCUGAUCGUAUACUACAGGAAACGAAGGGGCGAGCACGCUCCCAUCCACAUCGACGGGGCUGCAGUGGAGCAUGCUCUUGAACAGCUUCGAUCCCCAAGCAAUAAGACUGAUAAAUAGCAAACAAAAUAGCUACACAGACUAUCUGAGUUAACCUUGUAUCUUUAUUGACCUUUUAUUUACAUUUUUGCACUGUCUCUAUGCACACUCACAGGGCCCUACACACGCACACACACACUCCAUCUGCUCACUCACACAUAAUAUGCACAUACAUUUAUACUGACUCUACACACCCGCACACCCACUCACAUACAAGCUGCUGCUACUCUGUUUAUCUUAUAUCCUGUUGCCUAGUCACCUUACCCCUAUACAUAUCUACCUCCAUCACUCCAGUAUCCAUGCACAUUGUAAAUAUGGUAUUGGAACUGACACUUUAUAUAGUAUGCUUACUUACUUAUUGUGUUCUUCAUAUUUAUUUGUAUUUCUCAUAUGUCUUUUCUAGUAUUACAUUGUGUGUGCGCGCCUGGCUAUGUGCACGUGUGUGCGCUUUCGUGUGGAACAAGCACUAUAACUCUGUAUAUGAAUUGAACACUAAGGUGGUGUUGUCGGGUGGUGUUGGUAGAAGUUGUGACAGAAGCCUUUGUCCUCACUCCAGGUCAGAAAUGCAUGUAUCCUCAGUCAGUCUGCGUUUCGGACUGAUUCUAGAGGCUUACUGCAGGGGCAACAUCUAUCACAUCAAGAGCUUAUGGAAACAGGUGAGCACACCUUGAGACUAUAUACUUGGUCAUUCUUAGACAUUCCUUAGAAAUAGCAUGUAUAGAGGAGUAGGGGAGACUGGGGGCAAUUGUAACAUGUUUUGUAUUUGACUCUAUUGCUCAGGGACCACUCGAACUAGGCCAGUAAUGUUUUUAUAUAUGAAACAUACAUCUGUCUCCUAAUCAUUCAUACCAUUUAUAGGUCUGUAUAUAAGACGGUCGUAUCACAGUAUUGAUUUUAAUCCGAAAAGUCCGGACGUUACAUUUGCUGCCAUGCCAGGGGAAAUUGUAACAGUAGCUGGGGUCAAAUGUAACACCUAAAAAAUAAACAAAAUAAAUUACCUUAAUUUUUAAAUAAUUAAUGUUUAUGAAUUAUCAUAUCAUAGACAUAUGUAAUAAUUUUGCAAGAAAUAUAAGUAUUUCUAUGUACGUAACCAAUAUUUACAGUAACACCCCUGUUUGUGCAUGGCCAUUCGGUACCUCUCAAAACAUCUGAAUAGUCUGAUGGUGCCCAGAAUAUAUCUGUUUACAACUUAUUUGGCACUGUACAGGACCCCAAGGCUAUUUAAAGUUAGUAUUUGUAUAUUUCAUGUAAAAUUCAUACAAUCUUAAAGUUAAAAUCACUUGUUUUCAUAAUGUGGCUGCUUGGCUCAGGGUCAUUUUAAUUACCCCCAAGCCAUGACAAAACUUAAUGUGCUAGGCCUCCCGAGUGGCGCAGUGGUCUAAGGCAUCACUAUAGACCCGGGUUCGAUCCCGGGCUGUAUCACAACCGGCCGUGAUCGGGAAUCCCAUAGGGCGGCGCACAAUUGGCCCAGCGUCGUCCGGGUUAGGGGGGGUAUUUGCGCUCUAGCAACUCCUUGUGGCAGCACCUGAAGGCUGACCUCGGUCAUCAGGUGAACUGUGUUUCCUCCGACACAUUGGUGCGGCUGGCUGUAUAACUCAUGUGCCUACCAAUAGACAACAAUAGUGACACGUCAAUCAUGCCAAUGUUUAGCCAACAUAUAGUGAUGAAAAUUAUGCAAGUUUGAAUUCUUGGACAUUAAUGCUCAGGACAGUAUAAGAACAAUACAACCGGUGGAAAAUAACUACAUUCACCACUAAAAAAAAAAAACAUUUGCUCAUAAAACGUGCAAAUAGUGAGAUAUUUUGCGGGAAACCUUUUCAAGCAGGGAGAGAACCUAAAUGGGCAUGUACUGUGUGACUUUCAUCACUAGCUUUCCCCCCAGACCCAACCCCACCAACACACACACACACACAACGCUACUAGUCUCACCUCGGCCUCUGCUGUCUUUGCCCUUACAUUUCCUCAGAGUGUGCCCCUCUUUAUAUCCCUUCUCCCGAUCUACUAUAUCUCACUGUACUAUCCCAAAACUUUAUCAAUACAGUGGCUUGCGAAAGUAUUCACCCCACUUGGACUUUUUCCUAUUUUGUUGCCUUACAACCUGGAAUUAAAAUGGAUCUUUUGGGGCUUUGUAUCAUUUGAUUUACACAACAUGCCUACCACUUUGAAGAUGCAAAAUAUUUUUUGUGUGUGAAACAAACAAGAAAUAAGACAAAAAAAAACAGAAAACUUGAGCGUGCAUAACUAUUCACCCCCCCAAAGUUAAUACUUUGUAUAGCCACCUUUGCAGCAAUUACAGCUGCAAGUCUCUUGGGGUACAGUGAGGGAAAAAAGUAUUUGAUCCCCUGCUGAUUUUGUCCACUGACAAAGAAAUGAUCAGUCUAUAAUUUUAAUGGUAGGUUUAUUUGAACAGUGAGAGACAGAAUAACAACAAAAAAAUCCAGAAAAACGCAUGUCAAAAAUGUUAUAAAUUGAUUUGCAUUUUAAUGAGGGAAAUAAGUAUUUGACCCCCUCUCAAUCAGAAAUAUUUCUGGCUCCCAGGUGUCUUUUAUACAGGUAACGAGCUGAGAUUAGGAGCACACUCUUAAAGGGAGUGCUCCCAAUCUCAGCUUGUUACCUGUAUAAAAGACACCUGUCCACAGAAGCAAUCAAUCAAUCAGAUUCCAAACUCUCCACCAUGGCCAAGACCAAAGAGCUCUCCAAGGAUGUCAGGGACAAGAUUGUGGACCUACACAAGGCUGGAAUGGGCUACAAGACCAUCGCCAAGCAGCUUGGUGAGAAGGUGACAACAGUUGGUGCGAUUAUUCGCAAAUGGAAGAAACACAAAGAAACUGUCAAUCUCCCUCGGCCUGGGGUUCCAUGCAAGAUCUCACCUCGUGGAGUUGCAAUGAUCAUGAGAACAGUGAGGAAUCAGCCCAGAACUACACGGGAGGAUCUUGUCAAUGAUCUCAAGGCAGCUGGGACCAUAGUCACCAAGAAAACAAUUGGUAACACACUACGCCGUGAAGGACUGAAAUCCUGCAGCGCCCGCAUGGUCCCCCUGCUCAAGAAAGCACAUAUACAGGCCCGUCUGAAGUUUGCCAAUUAACAUCUGAAUGAUUCAGAGGAAAACUUGGUGAAAGUGUUGUGGUCAGAUGAGACCAAAAUUGAGCUCUUUGGCAUCAACUCAACUCGCUGUGUUUGGAGGAGGAGGAAUGCUGCCUAUGACCCCAAGAACACCAUCCCCACCGUCAAACAUGGAGGUGGAAACAUUAUGCUUUGGGGGUGUUUUUCUGCUAAGGGGACAGGACAACUUCACCGCAUCAAAGGGACGAUGGACGGGGCCAUGUACCGUCAAAUCUUGGGUGAGAACUUCCUUCCCUCAGCCAGGGCAUUGAAAAUGGGUCGUGGAUGGGUAUUCCAGCAUGACAAUGACCCAAAACACACGGCCAAGGCAACAAAGGAGUGGCUUAAGAAGAAGCACAUUAAGGUCCUGGAGUGGCCUAGCCAGUCUCCAGACCUUAAUCCCAUAGAAAAUCUGUGGAGGGAGCUGAAGGUUCGAGUUGUCAAAGGUCAGUCUCGAAACCUUAAUGACUUGGAGAAGAUCUGCAAAGAGGAGUGGGACAAAAUCCCUCCUGAGAUGUGUGCAAACCUGGUGGCCAACUACAAGAAACGUCUGACCUCUGUGAUUGCCAACAAUGGUUUUGCCACCAAGUACUAACUCAUGUUUUGCAGAGGGGUCAAAUACUUAUUUCUCUCAUUAAAAUGCAAAUCAAUUUAUAACAUUUUUGACAUGCGUUUUUCUGGAUUUUUUUGUUGUUAUUCUGUCUCUCACUGUUCAAAUAAACCUACCAUUAAAAUUAUAGACUGAUCGUGUCUUUGUCAGUGGUCAAACGUACAAAAUCAUCAGGGGAUCAAAUACUUUUUUCCCUCACUGUAUGUCUCUAUAAGCUUGGCACAUCUAUCCACUGGGAUUUUUUCCCAUUCUUCAAGGCAAAACUGCUCCAGCUCCUUCAAGUUGGAUGGGUUCCGCUGGUGUACAGCAAUCUUUAAGUCAUACCACAGAUUGUGGGGAUGGUGUUCUCGGGGUGAUGAGAGUUGUUGGGUUUACGCCAUACAUAGCGCUUUCCUUGAUGGCCAAAAAGCUCAAUUUGUCUCAUCUGACCAGAGUACCUUCUUCCAUAUGUUUGGGGAGUCUCCCACAUGCCUUUUGGCGAACACCAAACGUGUUUGCUUAUUUUUUUCUUUAAGCAAUGGCUUUUUUCUGGCCACUCUUCCGUAAAGCCCAGCUCUGUGGAGUGUACGGCUUAAAGUGGUCCUAUGGACAGAUACUCCAAUCUCCGCUGUGGAGCUUUGCAGCUCCUUCAGGGUUAUCUGUGGUCUCUUUGUUGCCUCUCUGAUUAAUGCCCUCCUUGCCUGGUCCGUGAGUUUUGGUGGGCGGCCCUCUCUUGGCAGGUUUGUUGUGGUGCCAUAUUCUUUCAAUGUUUUAAUAAUGGAUUUAAUGGUGCUCCAUGGGAUGUUAAAUGUUUCAGAUAUCUGUUUAUAACCCAACCCUGAUCUGUACUUCUCCACAACUUUGUCCCUGACCUGUUUGGAGAGCUCCUUGGUCUUCAUGGUGCAGCUUUCUUGGUGGUGCCCCUUGCUUAGUGGUGUUGCAGAUUCUGGGGCCUUUCAGAACAGGUGUAAUAUACUGAGAUCAUGUGACACUUAGAUUGCACACAGGUGGACUUUAUUUAACUAAUUAUGUGACUUCUGAAGGUAAUUGGUUGCACCAGAUCUUAUUUAGGGGCUUCAUAGCAAAGGGGGUGAAUACCACUUUUCCGUUAUUUAUUUAUUCGAAUUUUUUUAAACAAGUUAUUUUUUUCCUUUCACUUCACCAAUUUGGACUAUUUUAUAUGUCCAUUACAUGAAAUCCAAAUAAAAAUCCAUUUAAAUUACAGGUUGUAAUGCAACAAAAUAGGAAAAACGCCAAGGUGGAUGAAUACUUUUGCAAGGCACUGUACUCCCUCCUCCUCUUCUCUCUGUGCAGAAUGAGGCUCUGAACAAGAUGAAGGCUCUGAAUGACUUUGUGAAGUCGGGCUGGCAGAAGACGUCGCGCCAGCAGAUGACAGACGACAUGAAGCUGUGUAUCAAACAGGAGGCAUACAUUGAGGCCCUCUCAUACCUGCUGUCCCCGCUCAACCCCAGCAUCAUGCUCUCUGAGAUUUGGUGGGUACCUGGCACACACACACAGAUACAGGCACGCAGACACAGACGCACACAAAGAUGCACAGACAGACCUACGCAGACAGACAUCCAGGAAUGCACACACACACACAUACAGAAGCAUCAUGCACCUCCAUGUUUUGAGGGCACUGAUAGCCACAUUCAGCAUCUUUUAAUUAAUUCUGUGUUAGAAAUUACUAUGUUGUAUAUUUAUUUAUCCUACAAAUGGGUAGAAAUUAUAUUACAGUUGAAGUCGGAAGUUUACAUACACUUAGGUUGGAGUUAUUAAAACUCGUUUUUCAACCAAUCCACAAAUUUCUUGUUAACAAACUAUAGUUUUGGCAAGUCGGUUAGGACACCUACUUUGUGCAUGACACAAGUAAUUUUUCCAACAAUUGUUUACAGACAGAUUAUUUCACUUAUAAUUCACUGUAUCACAAUUCCAGUGGGUCAGAAGUUUACAUACACUAAGUUGACUGUGCCUUUAAACAGCUUUGAAAAUUCCAGAAAAUUAUGUCAUGGCUUUAGAAGCUUCUGAAUGGCUAAUUGACAUCAUUUGAGUCAAUUGGAGGUGUACCUGUGAUGUAUUUCAAGGCCUACCUUCAAACUCAGGGCCUCUGAAUUGUAGACCUCCACAAGUCUGGUUCAUCCUUGGGAGCAAUUUCCAAAUGCCUGAAGGUACCACGUUUAUCUGUACAAACAAUAGUACGCAAGUAUAAACACCAUGGGACAACGCAGCCAUCAUACCGCUCAGGAAGGAGACACGUUCUGUCUCCUAGAGAAGAACAUAUUAUGGUGCGAAAAGUGAAAAUCAAUCCCAGAACAACAGCAAAGGACCUUGUGAAGAUGCUGGAGGAAACAGGUACAAAGGUAUCUAUAUCCACAGUAAAACGAGUCCUAUAUCGACAUAACCUGAAAGGCCACUCAGCAAGGAAGAAGCUACUGCUCCAAAACCGCCAUACAAAAGCCAGACUAUGAUUUGCAACUGCACAUGGGGACAAAGAUUGUACUUUUUGGAGAAAUGUCCUCUGGUCUGAUGAAACAAAAGUAUAACUUUUUGGCCAUAAUGACCAUCGUUAUGUUUGUAGGAAAAAGGGGGUUACUUGCAAGCCGAAGAACACCAUCCCAACCGUGAGGCACGGGGGUAGCAGCAUCAUGCUGUCGGGGUGCUUUGCUGCAGGAGGGACUGGUGCACUUCACAAAAUAGAUGGCAUCAUGAGGAAGGAAAAUUAUGUGGAUAAUUGAAGCAACAUCUCAAGACAUCAGUCAGGAAGUUAAAGCUUGGUCGCAAAUGGGUCUUCCAAUGGACAAUGACCCCAAGCAUACUUCCAAAGUUGUGGCAAAAUGGCUUAAGGACAACAAAGUCAAGGUAUUGGAGUGGCCAUCACAAAGCCGUGACCUCAAUCCUAUAGAAAAUGUGUGGGCAGAACUGAAAAAGUGUGUGCGAGCAAGGAGGCCUAAAAACCCUGACUCAGUUACACCAGCCUGUCAGAGCAAUGGGCCAAAAUUAACCCAACUUAUUGUGGGAAGCUUGUGGAAGGCUACCCGAAACGUUUGACCCAAGUUAAACAAUUUAAAGGCAAUGCUACCAAAUACUAAUUGAGUGUAUGUAAACUUCUGACCCACUGGGAAUGUGAUGAAAGAAAUAAAAGCUGAAAUAAAUCAUUCUCUCUACUAUUAUUCUGACAUUUCACAUUCUUAAAAUAAAGUGGUGAUCCUAACUGACCUAAGACAGGGCAUUUUUACUAGGAUUAAAUGUCAGGAAUUGUGAAAAACUGAGUUUAAAUGUAUUUGGCUACGGUGUAUGUAAACUUCCGACUUCAACUGUAUAUAGGGAAAAGUCUUCUCCCAGUGUUAACAGAUUUGCUUGAUGUUGCAGUGCGGACAGAUGCAAGUUCAUGGACUCCAAGAUGAAGCCCCUGUGGCUCAUGUACAAGAACAAAUGGGUGCAGGGGGACACUGUCGGCAUAAUUUUCAAGAAUGGAGAUGGUGAGAGAUUCAAAGAACACAGGGGAUUCCAAAUGAUACAUUUAGAAAAUGUAUUUAUUUAUUUAUUUUUGUAUUUGUAUUUUUUGGGGGGCACUGUAAUGGCGACCGGUGGUGUUGGUUCUGUAUGUCACCUGUCUUGACUAUUUUCAUUUAUUUUUGUGUGUCCUGUUGUCAUAUUAUAUCUAUGUAUGACUCUUCGUGGGAGUGUAUUAGUCAACUAAUGGACACACAUAUGUGUCUUUUGGAGGCCUUUUAGCGCUGUUUUAGUGCUGUUUUGGUAGCUUUGUUUGCAUAUCUCAAGUGCAUCCUUGGUGGUAUCCAUGGAGAUGCAGGAUGCAAGCAGUAUCCAGAUCGAGAGAGCCAGGGGCAUCGGGACUACAGUCGAGGCUGGAGAAGAACCACUGCUGGCUUCAUGGGCAAGUCCAUAGGACUGGAGAACAGGAGAACUAAAGAGACUCACUCCGGACCCUCCAGAUGAUCUCCAAGCUCCGUCAAUGUAGCUAGCUAGGUUAAUUAGCUGCCUAUCUGCUAGCCUGUUGUAGCCUAGGCUACGCACAGCCCACUGCUCUGUACAGUAUAUCAGAUAUCCUCCUCAUCAAAGAUCAGAGACACGGCCAGCCAACACCAUAGAGUAGCACUAUUUUUAAAGUUUAUUUUUUAAUAUUGUGUUAUCGUCAUCCUGUCAGCCUAGUAGCUAGGUCUACUGUGUGUAUCCCCAAGCUACUAUGUUUGUUAUUUCUUUAUUUUCUGAACCACUCCAAAAAGAAGAUCCCUUGCAGGAAAUUCAAGUUAUUCUGUUCUUACACCGGUUAGAAAAUAUACCCUUUUACUACUGUAUUUACCUAAUUUAUGGUCCAUGCAGAUAUUGGAUGAGAUGCAACAAAUAGACAGUUGUUCAUAGAUUAAUAAUUUGCAGUGUUUUCCCCAACUCCAUGGCCCAUCGAUUUGUGUGUAUUGAGUAAUGUCGCAUUUAUAUUGGUCCGAUGCGGGACUAUUAGGUACAGUCACUUGUAAAUUAAAGUUAUGAACAAUUCCUCUGCAGACCAACCUUUUAUCAUGCUACUUUUGCACGCAUGCCAUCGGGAGCAUUAAUCAUACUAGUCUAAAUUGCUAGUCUGGCCGCCUGGGGAGUCUGGAUCUGUGAUUCUCAUCCCGUCUCGGUUGGAUAUAAGUGUACCUUUUGCCUGACAUAACCUCUAACCUUUCAGAUCUCCGACAAGACAUGUUGACCCUCCAAAUGAUCCAGCUGAUGGAAAUCCUUUGGAAGAAAGAGGGACUGGAUCUAAGGUAUGUGUUAGCAGCAGGGGUUAGAACCUAAAAGUUUCACUGUUCCGACAAGCAAAAUAAAGUUCUGAACCGGUUCAAACCAAAAAUAAGUACUGUUUUUUAUCAUUCCUUUCUGUUCCUUUUUAAACCUCUGAAAUCAUAUAUUUAUUUUCAUUUAGCUCGACAUUAAUUACUUAGUGGAUAGAAAAGCUUGCUAUGGAGCGGGCAAGCUAUAGCUCAGUGAGUUAUUUACAUGUGUGAUUGAAAGACAAGCCAGAGAGAGUAGAGGAGGCUUGGCUUGAAGCGCUGGGCAUCUUGUGAUAACAUGCAUUAUCUAAAUUAGGCCCACAGAAUUAUACCUUCGGAGGAACGGCUUCUAUGGAGGGUGAGGGGCAGGUAGCCUACACACAUACACUGACAAAGAUUUUCAGCUGUCAGGCAGAGACUGGAAAAAGUUUCUGAUUGACAGAGGGAGGGCUUUGCAUAGGUACAUUGUUGCGUUUUUUGUGGGACUUGGAAAAAAUCCUGGAAAGUAAAAUAACGUUAUUAACCAGUUCCCAUGCUUUUAAAAUAACGGUUCUGUUGCGGAACAGUAUAGACCACUUUUGUUCAUGGUUCUGAUUCUGUUCCUUGAAAAAUUGCAUUAUUUUUCUGUUUUCGGUUCUGUUCCCUGAACUGGUUCCAACCCCUGCUUAGCAGUGGACCUAGUUGUAUAACAGAGCUGGGUUCGGUGAACCACACUUGCAGGAUGAGUAACCUUGCUUGAGACCCAGUGAAGACCUGCAUUAGCCCCGUAAGCUAAUACCUAGGGUUUUGCUUGUGGCGCGCAGGAAACCUGGAUUUGAAAUAAGUAGGUGACAUUGCAGUCAAACGGUUCUACAUACAUACUGGGAACAGGUUUGGGGGAAAACUGAUAUGAUGGUUUUGUAACAAUGUACUUAGGGCAUACAGUUAUAAUGCGUUAUUACUUGUUAUAAGCAUAUAAUAGGCCUUAUAAUGCUUUAUGAAUGAACUUUCUCUACUGUCUCUGUAAGGAUGAUCCCCUACGGCUGCCUCUCCACCGGGAACAAGACAGGCCUCAUCGAGGUGGUGAAAAACUCAGACACCAUCGCCAACAUCCAGCGCAACAACAGCAACAGUGCCGCGACCGCAGCCUUCAACAAAGACGCCCUGCUCAACUGGCUUAAAUCCAAGAACCCAGAGUAAGUGUGACAGAGACACAGGUCUAGCGGUCAUCUCUACAGUGACGGCAUGGGUUUGUAUCCAGCCUACUGCCCUUUGACACAACCUCUCUCUAUCUUUCCCAACUGUCAUCCGCUAUCUCUAUCUGGUCAAUAUACACUGAGUAUACAAAACAUUAAGAACACCUACUCUUUCCAUGACAUAGACUGACCAGGUGAAUCCAGGUGAAAGCUAUGAUCCCUUAUUGAUGUCACUUGUUAAAUCCACUUUAAUCAGUGUAAAUGAAGGGGAGGAGACCGGUUAAAGAAGGAUUUUUAAGCCUUGAGACAAUUGAGACAUGAAUUGUGUAUGUGUGCCAUUCAGAGGGUGAAUGGGCAAGACAAAAUAUUUAAGUGCUUUGAACGGGUUAUGGUAGUGUUUUUCACACUCAACAGUUUCCCGUGUGUUUCAAGAAUUGUCCACCACCCAAAGGACAUCCAGCCAAAUUGACACAACUGUGGGAAGCAUUGGAGUCAACAUGGGCCAGCACCCCUGUCCAUGUCCAGACGAAUUAUUGAGGCUGUUCUGAGGGCAAAAUAUAUACACUGAGUAUACCAAAUAUUAAGAACACCUGCUCUUUCCCUUAUAUAGACUGACAAGGUGAAUCCAGGUGAAAGCUAUGAUCCCAUAUUGAUGUCAUGUGUUAAAUCUACUUCAAUCAGUGUAGAUGAAGGGGAGGAUUUUAGGGGGAGGGGAAUAUUAGGAAGGUCUUCCUAAUGUUUGGUAUACUUAGUGUAAUCUGAAAAUACCUUAAACUAUAUCUUAGAAAAAAUUAAUUACAGAUAGGCUAGCUCUCAAACACACUAAACUGGACCUAUGAUUUGACCUUACAGUGCCUUGCAAAAGUAUUCAUCCCACUUGGCGUUUUUCCUAUUUUGUUGCAUUACAACCUGUAAUGUAAAUGGAUUUUUAUUUGGAUUUCAUGUAAUGGACAUACACAAAAUAGUCGAAAUUGGUGAAGUGAAAUAACUUGUUUCAAAAAAUUAAAUAACGGAAAAGUGGUGCGUGCAUAUGUAUUCACCCCCUUUGCUAUGAAUCCCCUAAAUAAGAUCUGGUGCAACCAAUUACCUUCAGAAGUCACAUAAUUAGUUAAAUAAAGUCCACUUGUGUGCAAUAUAAGUGCCACAUGAUCUCAGUAUAUAUACACCUGUUCUGAAAGGCCCCAGAGUCUGCAACACCACUAAGCAAGGGGCACCACCAAGAAAGUGGCACCAUGAAAACCAAGGAGCUCUCCAAACAGGUCAGGGACAAAAUUGUGGAGAAGUACAGAUCAGGGUUGGGUUAUAAAAAAAUAUCAGAAACUUUGAACAUCCCACGGAGCACCAUUAAAUCCAUUAAUAAAAAAUGGAAAGAAUAUGGCACCACAACAAACCUGCCAAGAGAGAGCCGCCCACCAAAACUCACGGACCAGGCAAGGAGGGCAUUAAUCAGAGAGGCAACAAAGAGACCAAAGAUAACCCUGAAGGAGCUGCAAAGCUCCACAGCAGAGAUUGGAGCAUGGAGAGGGAUGUAAUGCAUGGGUUUACACCCUGGCUAGAUGGACUGUGAGAUGUGAAGGCUCUGGGGUGAAGUUUCCCCUAGGUACAGAUUGAGGACCAUCUUCCCCUCCCUCAAUCCUAAUCUCUCAUGGACAGACGCACGUAACAUAGGAUGGUAUCAAUGCGUCUGUCAACAGACUGUGGGAUGCGACGACUAACAAGGAACUUUUUUCCGUCACGCAGGUGUAUGCAUCUUUUGAAUUUCAGAAGGGAAGGGGACAUUUGGCCCAAUUCUUUGGCUCAUAGUUUCCGUUUAGGGGGGUGGAGACUUCGCUAGUCUCGUUAGUGUCUUUUCUCAUACAUUUCCCCCAAGAAACGAAUCGAGCAUCUGACGCAAUCACGCAAAAAAAAAAGAACAUUCCUGCUUUGCAAGAUUACCUCAAUCCUAACCUGGGGAAAAUGCCAAACUGAUCCAAGAUCAGCGUCUAGGGGCAACCUUCCCUACACCUGCCUAAAUAUUCCCAUUGACAGCUAGGGUCAUGUGAUUUGACAGCCCUGAAUGUCUUGGAAAAGUAUUUUAAAAACAGGAAACCUUGAAAUAAUGAAUAAACAAAUGAAUACUAUUGGCAUCAUACAAGUAAUGUCCGGUGGGUGCAGUGCAAGGGCUGGCAAAACAGCUCCAUAUCACACAGAAGCUCUUGGUUACAAUGAAAUGGGGGAUAGAUGUAAUAGUUUAACAUAGUGAACCCAAUAGACGUCUAGACAGGACCGUGGUGUAACAUGGCUGUCAAUCAUCUGUCGCCCUCCGAAUCUUCUCUGCAAAUAUUUAAUAGAGCUGUGAGAAAAAACUGCCUCAAAUAUAUUGAGAGAGGGGGAAGAGCGUGCGUGACCCCACUGUUUCCACUUGACUUGGGAAAGAGAAUGAGAGAGAGAAAGGUAAAGAGAGAGAACAUUCAAGGUAGGAAGGGAUAAAGGAAAGGGCAGAGAAAGCAAACUGAUCCCAUGUCGUCUCUCCUCUCUCUCUCUCAUCUAUUUUGUCAGCAGGGAUAAACUUGACCAGGCCAUUGAGGAGUUCACACUAUCAUGUGCUGGUUACUGUGUAGCCACUUACGUGUUGGGAAUCGGAGAUCGCCACAACGACAAUAUCAUGAUCAAGGAGACUGGGCAGGUGAGAUGCACAGCAUUUCCUUUUGUUAAUAUGAUUUUUUUAAAUGUGUAGAAUCUUGAUAAUUUGUAUACGUCUGAUUAGAGUGGGUAUUCCUAGUAGGAAUAGAACUCAUUGUUUAUAUCUAAGAAACAAUUAUUUUUUUAUCUUACACAAUUUAUCAUUCAUAAAGUAACCGGAUAAACACUUAUUCUUAGACAGACAAUGGAAAUGGCAGUAAGUCAAAUUAAUCACAUUUGGCCUCUCAAAAACGAUGAUACUGUGUCAACUACAUGAGAUUGAUAGAUAGAUGCUUCCAUUCAGCCACAAGAGCAUUAGUGAGGUCGGGCCCUGAUGUUGGGCAAUUAGGCCUGACUCACAGUCGGCAUUCCAAUUCGUCCCAAAGGUGUUCGAUGGGGUUGAGGUCAGGGCUCUGUGCAGGCCAGUCGAGUUCUUCCACACUGAUCUCGAAAAACAAUUUCUGUAUGGACCUCGCUUUGUAUACAGGGGCAUUGCCAUGCUGAAACAGGAAAGGGCCAUCCCCAAGCUGUUGCCACAAAGUUGGAAUGUCAUUGUAUGCUGUAGCGUUAAGAUUUCCCUCCACUGGAACUAAGGAGCCUAGCCUGAACCAUGAAAAAUUGCCCCAGACCAUUAUUUCUCCUCCACCAAACUUUACAGUUGGCACCAUGCAUUUGGGCAGGUAGCAUUCUCCUGGCAUCUGCCAAACCCAGAUUUGUCCGUCGGACUGCCAGAUGGUGAUGCGCGUGAUCACUCCAGAGAACAGCACUUACAGUUGACCAGGGCAGCCCUAGCAGGGCAGAAAUUUGACAUACUGACUUGUUGGAAAGGUGGCAUCCUAUGACGGUGCCACGUUGAAAGUCACUGAGCUCUUCAGUAAGGCCAUUCUACUGCCAAUGGUUGGCUAUGGAGAUUGCAUGGCUGUGUGCUUGAUUUUAUACACCUGUCAGCAACAGGUGUGGCUGAAAUAGCCGAAUCCACUCAUUUGAAGGGGUGUCCGCAUACUUUUUGAUAGAUAGAUAGAUGGAUAGAUGGAUAGAUAUAUAGAUAGAUGGAUAGAUAUAUAGAUAGAUGGAUGUGCAUAGUAGUUAGUUCUACCACAAGGUGACACAUGUCUUACUACACACAGCAAUGCUAAUUGUCUUGAAAACCCAACCCUAGGCAACAGCAGUGACUAGGGUCUGGUAACUUCGAAAAGGGAAUCAGAUAUGCCAUAACGUCGUGAUUCAAAACAAAGUUUGAAGGCAAAACCUUUGGUUUUAGUGAAGACAAACUAGCCACUUAAUAAAUAAGUAUUAGAAUAUUUGUGUAUAUUUAUAAACAUUACAAGCAUUACAAAUGAGCAUUUAUUUCAUUCAUAAUAAUGUGUAAAGCAUUUUGUAAACAUCUAUAAGCAUUUCAAAUCAAAUCAAAUGUUAUUUGUCACAUGCGCCGAAUACAACAGGUAACCUUACCGUGAAAUGCUUACUUACAAGCCCUUAACCAACAAUGAGUUCAAGAAAUAGAGUUAAGAAAAUGUUUACUAAAUAAAAUAAAGUUAAAAAAAUAAGAAAAAUAAUAAUACAAUAAAAUAACAAUACCUUGACUAUAUACAGGGGGUACUGGUACCAAGUCAAUGUGCGGGUGUACAGGUUAGUUGAUGUAAUUUGUACAUGUAGGUAGGGGUAAAGUGACUAUGCAUAGAUGAUAAACAGCGAGUAGCAGCAGUGUAAAAACAAAGGGGGGGUCAAUGUAAAUAGUCCGGGUGUCCAUUUGAUUAAUUGUUCAGCAGUCUUAUGGCUUGGAGGUAGAAGCUGUUAAGGAGCCUUUUGAACCUAGACUUGGCGCUGUGGUACCACUUGCCGUGCGGUAGCAGAGAGAACAGUCUAUGACUUGGAUGACAGGAGUCACAAUUUUUUGUGCCUUCCUCUGACACCGCCUAGUAUAUAAGUCCUGGAUGGCAGGAAGCUUGGCCCCACUGAUGUACUGGGCUGUACGCACUACCCUCUGUAGUGCCUUGAUGCUGAGCAGUUGCCAUACCAGGCGGUGAUGCGCCCGGUCAGGAUGCUCUCGAUGGUGCAGCUGUAUUACUUUUUGAGGAUCUGGGGACCCAUGCCAAAUCUUUUCAGUCCCCUGAGGGGGAAAAGGUGUUGUCGUGCCCUCUUCACGACUGUCUUGGUGUGUUUGGACCAUGAUAGUUUGUUGAUGUGGACACCAAAGAACUCUUGACCCGCUCCACUACAACCCCGUCGAGUUGAAUGGGGGCGUGUUCGGCCCUUCUUUUCCUGUAGUCCACGAUCAUCUCCUUUGUCUUGCUCACGUUGAGGGAGAGGUUGUUGUCCUGGCACCACACUGUCAGGUCUCUGACGACCUCCCUACAGGCUGUCUCAUCGUUGUCGGUAAUCAGGCCUACCACUGUUGUGUCGUCAGCAAACGUAAUGAUGGUGUUGGAGUUGUCCUUGGCCACGCAGUCGUGGGUGAACAGGGAGUACAGGAGGGGACUAAGCACGCACCCCUGAGGGGCCCCCGUGUUGAGGAUCCGCGUGGCAGAUGUGUUGUUGCCUACCCUUACCACCUGGGGGCGGCCCGUCAGGAAGUCCAGGAUCCAGUUGCAGAGGGAGGUGUUUAGUCCCAGGGUCCUUAGCUUAGUGAUGAGCUUUGUUGGCACUAUGAUGUUGAACGCUGAGCUGUAGUCAAUGAACAGCAUUCUCACAUAGGUGUUCCUUUUGUCCAGGUGGGAAAGGGCAGUGUGGAGUGCAAUUGAGAUUGCGUCAUAUGUGGAUCUGUUGGGGCGGAAUGCGAAUAGGAGUGGGUCUAGGGUUUCCGGGUUGAGGGUGUUGAUGUGAGCCAUGACCAGCCUUUCAAAGCACUUCAUGGCUACUGACGUGAGUGCUACGGGGCGGUACUGAUUUAGGCAGGUUACCUUCGCUUUCUUGGGCACAGGGACUAUGGUGGUCUGCUUGAAAAAUUUUGUUAUUUCAGACUCGGUCAGGGACAUGUUGAAAAUGUCAGUGAAAACACUUGCCAGUUGGUCCACGCAUGCUCUGAGUACACGUCCUGGUAAUCCGUCUGGCCCUGCGGCCUUGUGAAUGUUGACCUGUUUAAAGGUCUUGCUCACAUCGGCUACGGAGAGCGUAUCACAUAGUCGUCCGGAACAGCUGGUGCUCUCAUGCAUGCUUCAGUGUUGCUUGCCUUGAGCAUAAAAGGCAUUUGGCUCAUCUGGUAGGCUCUCGUCACUGGGCAGCUCGCGGCUGGGUUUCCCUUUGUAGUCCGUAAUAGUUUGCAAGCCCUUCCACAUCUGACGAGCGUCAGAGCCGGUGUAGUAGGAUUCAAUCUUAGUCCUGUAUUGAUGCUUUGCCUGUUUGAUGGUUCGUCUGAGGGCAUAGCAGGAUUUCUUGAAAGCGUCCGGAUUAGUGUCCCACUCCUUGAAAGCGGCAGCUCUAGCAUUUAGCUCAGUGUGGAUGUUGCCUGUAAUCAAUGGCUUCUGGUUGGGAUAUGUAUGUACGGUCACUGUGGGGACGACGUCGUCGAUGCACUUAUUGGUGAUGCCAGUGACUGAGGUGGUAUACUCUUCAAUGCCAUUGGAUGAAUCCCGGAACAUAUUCCAGUCUGUGCUAGCAAAACAGUCCUGUAGCGUAGCAUCCACAUCAUCUGACCACUUCCAUAUUGAGCGAGUCACUGGUACUUCCUGAUUUAGUUUUUGCUUGUAAGAAGGAAUCAGGAGGAUAUAAUUAUGGUCAGAUUUGCUAAAUGGAGGGCGAGGGAGAGAUUUUUAUGCGUCUCUGUGUGUGGAGUAAAGGUGGUCUAGAGUUUUUUUUUCCACUGGUUGCAUAUGUGACAUGCUGGUAGAAAUGAGGUAAAACAGAUUUAAGUUUGCCUGCCUUAAAGUCUCCCGGCCACUAGGAGCGCCGCUUCUGGAUUAGCAUUUUCUUGUUUGCUUAUGGCAUACAGCUCGUUGAGUGCGGUCUUAGUAGCAGCAUCGGUUUGUGGUGGUAAAUAGACGGCUAGGAAAAAUAUAGAUGAAAACUCUCUUGGUAGAUAGUGUGGUCUACAGUUUAUCAUGAGGUACUCUACCUCAGGCGAGCAAUACCUCGAGACCUCCUUAAUAUUAGACAUCGCACACCAGCUGUUAUUGACAAAUAGACACACACCACCACCCCUUGUCUUACCAUACGUAGCUGUUCUGUCCUGCCGAUACACGGAAAACCCAGCCAACUGAAUAUUAUCCGCGUCGUCAAUCAGCCACGACUCGGUGAAACAUAAGAUAUUACAGUUUUUAAUGUCCUGUUGGUCGGAUAGUCUCGAGCUGAGAUUAUCCAGUUUAUUUUCCAUUUAAUGGCUUGUUCAUGAGUUAUUAAAUUAGUUAUUUUGAUUGUGUUACCAACAUAUUUAAUCUGAUCCAUUUUUAAGACCUCAUUUGCCUGCAGCAACAAUGGUUAUCUCGAAUAAUGAUGUCUAAUAAUAAUGUUUUGGAUGGUGUGGAAAGCUUCUGUUAAAGUCCUGCUUGACUUCCCUGUAUCUCUUUUAGCUGUUCCACAUUGACUUUGGGCACUUUCUGGGAAACUUCAAGAGCAAAUUUGGGAUCAACAGGGAACGUGUGCCUUUUAUUCUGACGUACGACUUUGUCCACGUCAUCCAACAAGGGAGGACCAACAACAGUGAGAAGUUUGAAAGGUAAAACAUGAAAUCUAUCUUACCUCCUAUCAUGUGUUCAAUUCCCGCUAGGGCCAACCAUACGAAAAAUGUAUGCACGCAUGACUGUAAGGCUCUUUGGAUAAAAGCGUCUGCUAAAUGGCAUAUAUUAUGUUAUAUAGUAUUAUAUUGUAUUGUAUUUAUAUUGUAUUAAAUACUGUUCAUUUCCAACACUGUAUUGUCUCUGUUAAUAUAGAGUUGUGCCAAGAUAAAAAGAAAAGAGAAAGAAACAUAAUGUUAUAGGAAUCUGUCACCGUAUUCAUAUAAUUCAAUUACUGUUGUUUUUUUUAAACUCCAAAUCAGGGACUAUAGGGGGCACAUCCAGUCAUCUUAAUGUAUUUAUCAAUCUCAUAUGGUGAUUUGUAGCACCCAACUGUGAAUACUUUUACUUAUACCUAUACUUAUUUAUAUAACCAUGCAUACUGAUUUUACGGUGAUCCUGAAGCUCCAUGAUAAUGGUGUGGUACCUCUCUUAUUGCGCCACCACCAGGUUCAGAGAGUGCUGUGAGCAGGCUUAUAAGAUCUUGUGUCGCAACGGGACUCUGUUUGUGAACCUGUUUGCCAUGAUGAAGGCAGCCGGACUGCCUGAGCUGAGCUCCUUCAAGGACAUCCAGUACCUAAAGGUGAGAGGAGUGCCUCCUUUUAUUGCCAGAUAUGUUGAACGGAGCAUGAUGUGUACUGUAGUACAUCAUUCAAUUAUUUAUGUUAUUUUACACUUGUUAGUUCCUCUAGUUUUAGCCACAGUAGUCAGAUAACGUCUAUGCAAGGUCCUACACGUGAGAUCAGUGUCCUUUUCAAAAUAGGGUUAUGAUUUGGUGAUGGUUACAAGGAUACGUCUGCAGCUACUGAUGGUGAUGAUGACGAUGACUAGUGCGAUGGUGAUGAUGGUGGUGAUGUUGUUUGCAGGGACCUCAAUGAUAGUGAAGAUGAUCAUGUUGAUGGUGGUGGUGGCAGGGACCUUGAUAACAAUGAUGAUGAUAAUCUAAUGAUCAUGAUAUUAAUAUUGAUGAUGAUUACCAAUAUAGUAAAGAGAGUUGUUUUAAAUGGUAAAGGCACAUCUGUCAUCCUUCUGAUAUUGUUGCUCUUGUCUCACCCUUUUCUCAGGACUCAUUGGCUUUGGGGAAAUCGGAGGAAGAAGCGCUGAAGAAUUUCAAAGUGAAGUUUAACGAAGCUCUGAGAGAGAGCUGGAAGACCAAGGUGAACUGGAUGAUGCACUCUCUAGCCAAAGAUAGCAGACUUUGAAUAAAAGGCACUGCCCGGAGAAGCGUUCUGAACCUUAAUACCCCUUGAUUUGUCUAUCUGAUCAGGGUUUUCAGCUUAUGGAGCCAAAUGGAAUGAAAAUGCACUGAAGUCUUUGUCGUAAAUAGAAGCAUUUGGCAAUGUUUUACAGAUGUUUACACCUGACUGGCAGUCAUGCUUAUGGUUUAUGAACUGAUGACAAACUACAACUACUUGUUGACAGUAACAUUUCAUCGGGAGUAAUAGCCAUUGUUACUAUAUCAUACAGACAGUACAGCGUUGAAAAUCAUUUGCACGCGGCACGACCCGCGUCAACCAGAACUAUCACCACAUGAACAGCGCCCUGAAAGUGACAAUGAUCACAAACCAAAUUGGGAGCAAACAACGUAAUAAUGAUGCCUAAUGAAACAAUGUAUCAACAAUUUGUCAGGAGAGUAAUACGAGAGAGAAGUUAAAUAAUAGGUGAAAUACUGUAAUAGGAGAUUGAUUAAUGAUGAUGCCAUUGAUUAAAUGACUUGAUAAGUUGUUUGCAUUGAUUAUACUUAAAUGACCAGGCCAGAGAGAGGUAUGUAGGACCUCAAGUGUUUCAUGCGGUUUACAUUCAUGGUUCUAUGACUUUUCUACUUUUUAAUUUAAUUAUUUUCAUUGAAAUAUAUCCUCUGUUGUACAGUGAGCUCCAAAAGUAUUGGGACAGUGAC